UUCCUCCUCCAGCCGCCUUGAGCAGCCCAACCACCACUACUUCCAGGCUUUCCAGCUUUCUUGUGCAAGUCUGCAAGCCUCACAAGCAUCCGCGCGGGUCCGAUCUGGACCUCGAUUUCGACUUCGACCUCGACCUCGACCUUGAAUUUCUCUCGCCUUGACGCAAUUCGCGUCGUCGCCUGUUGGGCCUACCUUCUUUACGACCGCAAGGCGCCGUCCUAGAUCGCCCUUUGAAAGGCGGAUACGCUCCCCUCCCGGUAGAUGCUCAUGCAACAGUAACACGGGUGUUAUCACUGUUGGGCGCUCGUAGAUGCUGAAUGCCAUGCUGCUGCCUCCCGUUCACCGCAUACAGGUCCGCCAGGCCAGCACCAACACUACCGUGCCCCCUCCCGAUGGACAUAAUGGCAGCGGUGGGACCCAGACGGUCGUCAUCAUCGUUGUCAUCGUCGUCGUGGCCGUGAUUCUCGUAGCACUGGUUAGCUAUCUGAGCCUGCGAACGUUGCGCAAACGACACGAUAAUCCGAAAUACGUCCCUACGCAAUUCCUCAAGAGCCGGUGGAAGGCAUGGCGACCCCGGGGCAUGGCCACUGCCAAGGGUGGGUACAGCUCGAGCCUGCAAGACACAUCGUAUCCACCAUCUGUUCAAAUGCGCAGUGCUACAAGCGCCCGAGGCAGUCGACAGGAUGUAUCUGCGGCAGACGCAGACCGAGCGCCAGCCACGCAAGAGACGACCGAUGCGGAAGUGAACAGACAUACAAGCGUGCGCUCUAUCAUGACGUUGCCAGCGUACUCUAGAUCUGUCCGUGAGAACGAACAGGUGCUGGCAGUGGAAGGCGAACGCGAUGGCAUUGACCUGGUCAUUGAGAUGCCCGAGACCGAACAAGACGCCGAGCAGCGUCGCGAGGAGGAGAUGGAAAGCCUCUAUCAGAUCAGACUGCAACGCAGGACAGAGGUGGCCGAGCGAGAAGAUCGGCGGAGGAGGCGACAGGAAGCGAGAGCACGCGGAGACUUUGCUGAGGCGGAGCGCAUACGACAAGAAGGCAGAGCGGCGACACGCAAUCGCGCCGCUGCUGAUGCAUCGACAAUGAUUGCGGAACAUCAGGCGGCCAUGGGCGCGAGAGAACGACGAGUCAGCAGCGUGAGCUACGCGGAAUUGGGCGUCGCCAGACACGAUGGCACACGCAUUCGUGCCAACUCGAACGACUCCGACAGUCGACCACUCCUGGAUUCUGCCGCCAGCAUGGGAGGAACAAGUCUCAGGCCAUGGUCGACGCAGGAAUCCGCUCCCCAUCACCCACAGCGCCGUCGCAGCCGGUCGCAGGUCUCACAGACGGGAUCUGGUAUGGACGUCUCUGACGACGAUGCCUCCGAGUAUGUGGACGUGGCCGAUGCUCCCCCCUUCGGACGCGCUGGAACCGACUUUGAGAUUGUCACCCUCAACGGAGGCGGUGGACAAACCCCGCUUGGGGGUCGUAGCAGGGCGUCAACCACCAACACAGCGCCGCCGAUCAGACCAUCCAUCGACACCAGUCUGCACAGCGGCGAUUUGGCCGAUGAGCCCAUUCCGCACGUAGACCCUCCUACAUACGAUGGCGACUUCGAGGACGCACCGCCAUAUACAUCACCAGUCGAUGAUCGUAGACCUGAACUUCGAAUAUCGCCGAUUUCUUCUUGCGACAGCCCUCUGGCAGAACAGACACGAUCAACCAGCGGAGCGUCUUCUUCGCGAGCCAUCAGCACGUUACCAUCUAUACUUGUUGCUGAGGCCACGCCAACCGAACCAAGAGGACCAACCCCUCCUGCUCCACCGAUGCUGAGAGUGACACCCACGGAGCACACACCUCAGACGCCAUGAUCAAUUCGGGCAGGAGAAUCGAGAAGUUGGAAUUGUAGAUAUGCUACUACCUGACCUUCCAUGGGUACCUACAUGUGAUGUACUCAUGGAAAGCAAUCCCAUUACGGCGCUAACGAUGAUGAUGAAAAUCUUAACGAAUCAAAGCGCCAUUUGCGUUGAAAAAUCCCCCCCACACCACCC